CAAUUUAACCUAUCAGUUUAAAAAUUUGAAGUAAAGUGAAGUCAGGUGUAGAAGUUGUAGAAAGCUCGAUAAAUAAAUUCUAUUUAAUUAAUUUAAUCAUUUAAUUUAUAUACACAGAUUUUUAGCAAUUUAUCUUAUCGUGUUUAUAUUAUUUAACUCAUUUUAUUUUAAAAGAUAUAUGAUUUCUACACACUUUAAGGAACAAACUAUCAAAUUUCCCGCGUUAAUGUACGUGACGUCAUAAUUCAAUGGCUGACUCUAGAUUGUUCCAUUAAGUUGUGUAUCUCUAGCUAAUGUUAUGUAUUUAUUCGUAUUGUUUUAUAGUUUAUUUGAUCGCCAUAAUUAAUUAAUGAAGUAUUAUUGAAUAUAACCGUUGCUAUUCAAAGGGGUACAUAUGUACCAUCACGUGGAAAAUCCAGUUUUAGAACAAUUCUCCUCAUUAUCAGGGAUAGAUGCUUGGAAUAUUCUAUCAACGGAGGAAUUUGCAUGUAAUUCUUCCAAAAUGAUGAGUGAUCAUCCACUUAUUAUCUCUGAUAGCCAUUUGGAUCAUUCAAGCUUCAUUACUAUGAAAAGUCAAGGUAUAGAGGAAGUUGUUCUAGACCCAGGCCAUGUCAGCCAGUACUUCAUACAUGAUUCUGUUCCAGGUGACUUGAUUGUUGAACAACACAAUGUUGGGGUCUCAAGUGAAGAUCCCCAUGCAGAAAUCAUUCUUGUCCCAAAUACAGUUAUCAAACAAGAAGAUAUCAUAGAGGGGGGUGAGGUAAUAAUAGGAUCUACAGUAGGCAAUGAGGUCAUCAUAGAUGAUCAUAUGGAUGUUCAUUUAGACUCUGAUCAAUUUGCAAUUGGUUCCUCAAUUGAUAUAUGUUCUGAUCAGAUGGAUGAUGGCACCUUUGAUGAUUCCAAACUGGUCAUUGAUACAGAGUCAGAAAUUUAUAAUGUUGAAUCAUUAUCACCAUCAGUUGUGUACGAUUGCGGCGAAUGUGGUGUUAUAUGUCGAAGCAGAGCUGCUUUAAAAAAGCAUGUAAAGUGUCAUGGUAAAUCGCAAAAAGGGAAAAGCAAAAAAAGUUCAAAAGUGAAAUGUGCUUCUAAUAAACGUUAUACUUGCCCUUCUUGUACAUAUUCGUCUCAACGUAGGGACAAGCUUGAUAAACACAUGGAAGCACAUGUUAUGCACGACGGAGUUCAUCCUUGUGGUAAAAAGCGACAUAAGCCUGAAGCAUUACCACAGCGUCAUAGACAUAAUGCUGAGGAGUAUAAGUGUCCUUACUGUCCUUAUUCAUGCACUGUUUACAAAGCCUUGAGGAAGCAUCAAAAAGUACAUUUGUCUGGGAAUGAAACUUUCACUUUAAAAUUAAGUUGCAAAAUUUGUGGAAAGGACCGUUCUACAGAAAUGGAAAUGCAGAGACAUAUGCGCAAACAUAAAAAUGAUGAGCAUUUUCUGUGUGAUCUAUGUAACUUUUCUAGUGUACAAUUAAAAAAAAUUAUCCAACAUCGUAGAAUGCAUACUGGAGAAAAACCACACUUGUGCCCACAUUGCAGCUACCGCUCUGCUCGCCGGGACAAUCUUAGGUCGCAUGUUCGCAGAAUGCAUAAAAGAAAUAACAUGUAUAUUGACACUUUUAAUCCAAAUGAAGAAUCUGCAUUGAGUAUAACAUAUUAAUGUAGGUAAUAUGUAUAUUAAUUAAUUUUUUAGGCAUCUGUAAAGUUGUUUACAGAUAAUAGCAAUAACCCAGUUAAAAUUUGUGUAACAUAAACAUAGCAUAAAAUUCUUACCUUUUUCAUUUUAGCUGAGAAGAACAAAACAAUGUUUUAGAAAAAGUUUUAAAGAUAUAUUUGUUUUCUAGCAGAAAACUAUUUUUGUACACAUAAAUUCAGCUAAAUUUUUAUUGUAUAGUUGACCACAUUACCUCAAUUUAUUUUGUGAUAUUAAAAUAUUUUUUUUGUUAAAAGGUUUGUCCUUUUAAAUGUAUUUUUAAUUUGUCAAACAUUUAAGAUUAAUUUGUUAUUGCUUUAUAGUAUUAAAUGCAUUCUAAAAAUGAAUUAGCUUAAUAUGCUGUGUAAGAAAAAAUUUCAGUAACUGUCCUAAAUUUUGUAUUUGAAUAAAAUAACUACAUCACUUUACACCUAGUACGAGUGAAAAUGUGUUUUAUUUUUAUUAUUUCUGAUCUAUAAGCUUCUAGAAAUAUAAAUAUUUACAUCUUUAAAAUAUUCAACGAUAGGCUCCAACUUUUGGUUAUCGAAUGAUUCGCUUGAAAAUACUUUUGUAUUGUAUUUUAAAACUAGGUAAAUUCUUUUUAAAUUCCAUCUUGUAAAGAGAUUAUGCACAGGGUUGAAAGAUUUUUGUUUAAUUUUUUUAAAAAAGUAAUAUGCCGAAUAAUAAUCUCUUCCACGUAACUAUUAAUGUUUUCAAUAACAAUUCAAAAAUAUCCACUUUUAAUCCUUAACAUAAUAAUAAAUAAUAAUAUUAUUAUGUUAGCAUAUAAUAUUUAUUAUUAUGCUAACAUAAUAAUAAAUAAUAACAAAAAAAUACAAAAACAUUUAACUUUCAAAUUUUACUUUAGUAAUAAAUGUUAAAAAGUGAUUUUUCCUCUUGCUUGUCUGUAAUAAAAAUGCUAUACUUAAGUCUUGUUUAUUUAAUACCUCUAGCUGCAAACAAUUUAUAAUAUUAGUACUAUUAAGUUUUAUAAAAUAUAAUUUAUUUUUAAUUCAUUAUAUCAAUACAAAAUUUAACAUAUUUAAUGCAAUAUAUCACAUUGAUUUUAUAUUAUUAAUUAAAAAAUACUUCAAAGUAAUGGAGUGAUGAACAGGUGCAAAGUGCAAAAAUGACAUGGGUUGCAUUUAAAAUAGUUAAAGUAAGUUUUAGUAUUAAUGGUUUAGUAAUAAAGUGUGAACUACUUUUUUUCCAUUUAUUUAAUACCAGUACGUAUGGGGUGUAAAAAAAGAACCAAUAAAUCAGUGCUAAACAAAACUUCAAGAUUAAGCUUCACUGUAAGACAAAUAUUGAUAGAAAUAAAGCUAAACGAAUUCCAAUGUUUUUUUUUAAAAUUUAUUAUAUUUUACCCUUUUUGGUGGCUUUAGGUUAUUAGAUUAAGCAAAACACAUACUUAAUUAUUUAUCUCAUCAAAAUAAAGAUUAACUAGAUUUAGUGCCUGGUAUAAUGUUGUUGCUCUAGGCAACUCAUGAGGGGCUGUAAAAACCUAUUCUGUUGGUUUGUAUAGUACUGAUGCAGCUCAUGAAAUACUUUAUAUAAGAGUUUAUGUGGUACAUAUUAAACUUUUUAGUGUCUUAGCUUAGUUUUUUUUUUUAAAUUUCAAUUAGUACUUUAUUACCAAAAUUAAUAGAAGUUUUGUAGAUUUUUUAUUUGCUCUUAAGCGAAUUAGUACCAUUUCUCCAAUAAUUAUGCUUUUUAGUAUAAAGUUAAUUAUUUUAUUUCAAUAAGAAGCCAUUACCGAAAUUGUCAUUGGCAUCAGUAAUAAUAUUGACGGUUUUUUAACUUUUAUCCUCAACAAAUUCGUACCGUUUCUCCAUUAAUUAUGAUUUUUAGUACAAACAUUUUUUUGUUGUUUCUGGUUUUGUUCUAAGACAUUUUAAAAGCAUAACCAUAAAUAAAAUAAACAUGUGCCUGUGGUUUCAGUUAACCUUAGAAAUACUAAUGUGAUCAUGUAGUCUGACUACGAUACAAUAAUCACGAUCAUUAACUGACAACAAUAAAAAAUAAGUAUGUUAGAACAAUCUUUUGAUUACAUCUUUUCGAUAAAGCUUGGAAACAUUGAUGCUAUCUUUAAAAGUUUUGACAAAAUUUAAUCAUAUAAUAAAAAAUGUGACUUCAUAAUUUGUUUAUAAUAGUACUAAUUUAGCUUCAUGUUGAAUUUCUUAUUUUUAUGGCUUACGGUUAUACAAACAUAAACAAAUUCUUUAUUUUAUUGUAUGUUUCGAUAAUAGAACUUAAGGUUUAAUAAUAUCAGAGUUGUCAUGAAAUUUCUGAUUUUCCUGAGGAAAAAUAUUGGGUUGUCUUUAUUUUUAAGCUUUUUCUCCUGACAUUUUUGAUUUGUGUGUGUCAAGAACAUCCCAUUUUCUGUAUAUACUAAUGCAGUUCUUAAAAUAAUUGGUUUGAAUAAUCAGGAGAUUUGGAUUUUCAAUCUAAUAUCUUUAUUUUAAUUACUAUUAGUUCAUUCAGAAAGUUACUAUUGAACACAAAUGCUAUGAUGUAUAUUCACUGUGUUUCCAUUUUGAAAAUAUUGAAAUCCCAUUGAAAAAUAUUUGAUUUAAAAUAUGAACUCAAUUGUACAUUUUAUUUAAAUAUUGGUAUGAAGGAAUUAUACUGACUAGAAAUUAUACAAAUUAUUUUUUUAAUGAACUGUUCCAUUAAAUUUCCUAAAUAUUGA